AUGUCAAAGAUGCAUAAGAACCACUCCACCAAGCAUAUCCUUCUUGUAGCCUUCUUCGUGCUUUGCCUCAUCUCUCCAUUUGCUCAAGGAAGGAGGUUGAAAGAAGUGGUUAGCAAUGAGAAGCAUGAAGUAGUAGCGGUAGAGGUGAAGGAGCAAAAUAACAAGUUGGAUAAUUUGGAGGUUCCGUCCAAAGAAACCCAUUUGCCGGACGCCGACGAACUCGCCGGAAUGGACUAUGCGGCGGCGAGCAAGAAGCCUCCUACUCACAACUGA